AUGAUAAAGUUAACCGGAACGAUAGUAUUUGAACAGCCAAAAACAGAAUACGAUAAUCUGGCUUGCGAUGACGUCACUGAAAACGAUGAUGACGUCAGCCACUAUGAUGAUGAGGAGGAAAAUGAAGAGGAGGAGAAGGAUGAACAUGAUGACGACGACGAUGAUGACGAUGAAACCAGUAACAAUAACAGCAAACUGGACGGCAAAACCUUUAUUUUUCUAAGUUUCGUUGAAAACAGCUUUUUAUCGAGUAGGUUAUUAAUUAUAGCUAAAAAUUUAGCUAGCUUUGCUACACUAUCAUCGUUUGUUUUGACGGUAGCUCUGGAGUUAAUGACGCGGCGAGAAAUUGUAGCUCAAUCGAGUCAAGCCGAGAUCAACUAUGCAACUAUUUUUACCUGUCUUUUAAUAAUCGUAGCUUUAUUGACUGGUUUGUUGGUCGUGAAAGUAUUUUCAACUGUAGAUACUAAAAAAAUGAAUUCUCGGAAGACAAACAUCAAACUAAUUUCGUUGUCUUACCCGAAAGAAUUCAAACGCCUUAACAACAAUAGCAGCCACAAGCAAAAGCCUCAAAAGCAUCGACAACAUCGACAACAAGAACAUCAUCCACAAGCGAACAACAUUAAGCUAAUGUCACUGAUCACCACUGUUGUGUUUUCCAACGUUCAACUUACCACCCAGCAGACAGAAAAUAUAGCAAGGACGAUCUUAAAAGACGAACUAGACGUCGUAUUAUCGUUAAAAGUUCCAUCCAUUUGUUCACUGCAGUGUCUUCUUCUACUAUUUAUUAUGUGGUUGCCUGCGGUAGCGAUCGUCAAGUGGGCCUGUGGAGACCGAGUUCGAAAGCAUGGAGGGGACUGCUUGCUCGCGCAGUUCAAGUCUUGUCUGUGGAGAUUGAAGAAACCAGAUAAUCGAACAAACGCCUGUGAAAGUUGA